AUAAACGGAUCAGCGUCUCUCCGCAGCCUCUCCGCUCCUGCUGCCAACCUGACACCGGCCAGCUCUCAGAGACGUGAUGGAGAAUACUGGCUGCUGGUAUUUAAUACCGUCCGCAAGCGAGCAGAUGAACAUGGCGGAGGAUUGGCAAUUCCCCUAAAGUCCCUCGGACGUUAGUUGUACCGCAGUGGCAGCGCUUUUUUUAGGGACUUCCCCGCAGUUUGAGCAGCUUUUGUUUGCAGAAGCGCACUGCGGCAGUGGCUGUGACGUUAUUUCCGAAAGAUCAGCUAAACCACACAUGGUGGCUGCUGUCCUGGGACUGAUCCACUUCAACCUGUCCUGGAACAAGAUCAUGUGAGGACAGAUGUUACCAGCGGAGCCGCCCGUCUCGUUUAAAUUAGAUGCAGACAAUCGCAAAGUGCAUGGAUAAUUAAAUGCCAAACUCUGCCCGUGCAAGGAUGAAUUGUAAAUGUUUCACUUGGAUAACGCAACAGUCGUGCAGUUAUUAAAGUCUGACCUGCAUUAGCCUGUAUGCAGAGCUCUGCAGUGUCAGAGAAAUGGCUGCUGUACUGUCAGAGGGUUGGAUCUGACAAAAUGGUGGAUUCUGGCUUGGAAGGGAGCAAGUACCGAGUCUGUGCGAUAUCAGCUGAUACCCUCAGAUGUGUUGAAGACAAACUGAGCGUUAGCAGACUAGUGACUUCUGCCCGACUGUGGUCAUCAUGGGAAAGGAGAAGCUCCACAUCAACAUAGUCGUGAUCGGCCAUGUGGACUCUGGCAAGUCCACCACUACAGGACACCUCAUCUACAAGUGUGGUGGCAUCGACAAGAGAACUAUUGAGAAGUUUGAGAAGGAAGCUGCCGAGAUGGGGAAGGGUUCAUUCAAGUACGCCUGGGUGCUUGACAAGUUAAAGGCAGAGAGGGAGCGUGGCAUUACAAUAGACAUCUCACUUUGGAAGUUUGAGACCAGCAAGUACUACGUUACCAUCAUAGAUGCUCCAGGCCACAGGGACUUCAUCAAGAACAUGAUCACUGGUACCUCUCAGGCUGACUGUGCCGUGCUCAUUGUAGCGGCAGGUGUAGGAGAGUUCGAGGCCGGCAUCUCCAAGAAUGGACAAACUCGGGAACAUGCUCUCCUGGCAUACACACUCGGAGUAAAGCAGCUGAUUGUGGGCAUCAACAAAAUGGACUCAACCGAGCCAAACUACAGCCAGAAGCGCUACGAGGAGAUUGUGAAGGAAGUGAGCACCUACAUCAAGAAGAUUGGCUACAACCCAGACACUGUCGCCUUUGUGCCCAUCUCUGGUUGGAAUGGAGACAACAUGCUUGAGCCAAGCCCAAAUAUGACAUGGUUUAAGGGGUGGAAGAUUAACAGGAAGGACGGCAGUGCAUCAGGGACCACACUAUUGGAGGCUCUGGAUGCCAUCCAGCCCCCAACCCGCCCAACAGACAAACCUCUACGUCUUCCCUUGCAGGAUGUCUACAAAAUUGGAGGUAUUGGAACUGUGCCUGUGGGUCGGGUGGAAACGGGAACACUGAAGCCUGGCAUGGUUGUGACGUUUGCACCUGUUAAUGUCACCACCGAGGUGAAGUCUGUGGAGAUGCACCAUGAGGCACUGACGGAGGCCCUCCCAGGCGACAAUGUGGGCUUCAACGUCAAGAAUGUGUCAGUGAAGGACAUUCGCCGUGGCAACGUGGCUGGGGAUAGCAAGAACGACCCUCCGCAGGAAGCUGCCAACUUCACUGCUCAGGUGAUUAUCCUCAACCAUCCUGGACAGAUCAGUGCUGGUUAUGCUCCUGUGCUGGACUGCCACACUGCUCAUAUUGCCUGCAAGUUUGCAGAGCUCAAAGAAAAAAUUGACCGCCGCUCUGGCAAGAAGUUGGAAGACAAUCCCAAGUCUCUCAAAUCUGGAGAUGCCGCCAUCGUUGACAUGAUUCCUGGCAAGCCUAUGUGUGUUGAGAGCUUCUCCGAAUAUCCUCCAUUGGGUCGUUUUGCGGUGCGUGACAUGCGUCAGACCGUGGCCGUGGGAGUGAUAAAAGGUGUGGAGAAGAAAGUGUCUACCACUGGUAAAAUCACCAAGUCUGCUCAGAAGGCCCAGAGGAACAAAUGAAUGUUGUGCUGCUCUGCCGACCACAAGGUCUCCCAAGGCAGGACAGCCCUCAUCCAACUCCAUCUUAUGAUUGGCCACUUCAACUUAAUAAUCAAAGACUGGUUAAUCAUCACAAUGCAUCGCAAAAGCAUUCGAAGGAAAGAAAGAUGUUAGGUCUUCAAUCCAUGUUGCCAUACUCCUGAAUCCAUCUCAGUGGCCAGACUACCAUUGUGUAACAUGUGGUAACAAGAAGUUAAACAAAAAAACACAACAAGGUACUAAAUGUGAGCUGUUAAUUUGGUUUAUGGUAAUACUUUUCUGUGAUACUGAACAAAUAGACUUACACUGUAAAUCUUAGCUGUCUGGAGUUAUGGUCCUAGGUCUCCUUACAUGUUCUGCUUUAAGUGUUUGCACCUACUUGCCGCUCAAUGUGAACCAAUAGCAAGAGUUAAACAUGUUAGCUAGAACCGUUUUAGUGUAUGAGUGAAACAUCUGUUGUAUUUAAGCUUUAAAUACCACUUAGAAAAAGUUUAAGCUUGUCCUUGAAGGGACUCAAAACAGCCUCUCUUUUUGACUCCUGAAGCACUUUGAUUGGCAUUUUGCUAAUUUUGCACUUUCACCGAGGAAUACUGAAUUGGCAUAAGCUACUGCACCUUAUUGUGAGAUGGCAUGAGCCUCUUUGCAACAUUAAACAUUUCUCAACCAAAGUACUUUGUU